CUCAUCUUGUGAAAGAAGCAAAAUCAGAAGCUCUAUAAAUAUUAAGUGAUUCUACGGUUUCAGCAAAAGGUCCUGGCUUUCUAAGAAUACAGAUCAUUCUGCAUCAGCUUUUGUAUUUCCAUCGUCUCCAUCAUGAAGUUGUUGGCUGUUUUCCUUCUUGUUUUCUCCAUGAAGGUUGUGAUGAUUGCUAACCAAGAAGUUUCUUGUCCUUUUGGCUGGACUCUGAUCAACAGUCGCUGUUUUCAAUAUGUUGCCGAUGAGAUGACUUGGGCUCGAGCCGAGAGAAACUGUCUGUCCAUGGGGGCAAACCUUGCAUCAAUUCCCAACAUGAACGAGUACCGUCAGAUUCAGACUUUGAUAUUUACAGCAAGUCAUGAGUCCAAUGUGGCAUGGGUUGGAGGCUCUAAUGCACAGGAGGAGAAUAUUUGGUUGUGGAGUGAUGGAAAUCGUUUUAGCUACACAAACUGGUGUCCAGGAGAGCCUAAUAACGAUGAAGGCAUGCAGCGCUGCUUACACAUAAACAAUUCAGAUGCAAAGUGCUGGGAUGACUACUGGUGUGGUGGCCGUAAGCCUUCAGUCUGCGCCAAGAAAGCCUGAAAACUGUGAGGUUCCCAAAGAGGCCUGAAGUGUAAAACAGAACCAGUGGAGGAUCAGUGCCAGGUGUUUCUGUUUACCUGCCUUUUUGCACCUUCAUAGAAAACCCAAAGAUAUUUCUGCUUCUUUACUUCAUAUAAUUUCAUUUAGUUUUUAUUACUUAGAAACUACUCAUUAAUUUUACAAAUUUAGAGCAUACUUAGAAAGUCCAGAGAAUAAUUUCACUUAUUUAGUAACCCAGAACAGGGAUUAGUCCAAACAUAGGAUGCAGAAAAACUACCUUAGCACCUUUGUUUUAGACUCCUGAUCUUCCAAACCAGAAAAGGAAUUGGACCAGAGGACACUUAUACUUAUCUAGCAACCUUCAACAAGAGCACCUAGUUUAUAUACUUUAGAUCAACAUUAGAUUCAGGGAUUUUUUUCCCUUCUUUCCUCUGGUUUAUUAUUCUGUUUGUAUUUACUUUUAAUUCCUGUAAUCACUUUGUAUUGCCUUGUUGCUGACAAUGUGCUAUAUGAAUAAAAUUAAUUUUAAUUUCUCUCUUUAAUGCAACCAAAGGAAUGAAGUGACAAGUGAACAUCAGCUGGAUUGUCUCUCUUUAAUAAGCAUACUGAAUAUGUUAUAAACAAAGAUCAAUGAAGUUUAUUCGUAUAGCAGAAAGAAUUUCAAAGUGCUUUAAAUCACAAAAACACAAAGUAACAGAAGACACAGUCAAGAGUUGAGAGAAACAGUGAACAUUACAUUUUGCAGAAUGUCAUCAUUGCACAUCAAACUGUUGUUCAGUUAUGUAAUGUAUUGUGUUGCUAAGGCAUUCGUUGAUUCAUAAACUAACAGUAUUUUAAAGUGUUUUCUCUCAGAGGAAGAACUUUAGAACUGGGUGAUGUGCUCUAUCAUCCUGGUUUUAGUCAGGAUUCCAGCAGCGGCAUUCUGGAUCUGCAGCAGCUGAUUAAAAAGGAUCAUCAAGCAAAAUAUUCUUCAAAUCUUGUCUUGCAAAAAUAAAACCUUAAGGAAUCAA